AUGGCUGGGAUAGGAUCAUCAAGAAACAACGAAGAAGACAAUCAGCACAAGACAAAUUGGCUUUGGUACAGAAACACAGUUAGCUCAAAUACGAGCCACAAUAAUCAGCAGCAGAUAUGGCAGCAGCAAAGCCUCGAUCUAUAUCCUGGUAAGAUCAACGUCUGUGAUGUGACUACGUCAUCAUCAAGAUCCGUAACCAUAAGUUGUCAAGACUGUGGAAACCAAGCCAAGAAAGGUUGCACGCAUAUGCGGUGCAGAACUUGUUGUAAGAGCCAAGGGCUCGAUUGUCCCACUCACGUGAGGAGCACAUGGAUCCCUGCCGCCAAACGCCGUGAGCGGCAGUAGCAGAUAGAGACGCCAACAGGAAAUCGAAAUGGCCGUGGCUGCGGAGUUGGCAAUAUCCCAAAACGGAGUUGGGAUCUUCCGGAUACCUUAAAGUUUUCCAUUCAGAUGGAUGAGACAACAUUUCCAGAAGAAGUGAGCUCAGAUGCAGUUUUCCUGUGCGUUAGAAUGAGCGGCACAGACGGAGAAAGCCACUUUGCUUACCAGACGACCGUGGGCAUAGCUGGUCACGUCUUUAAGGGAAUUUUAUAUAGCCAAGGCCCAGAAAGCAUGAUCAUGCCUGGUACACAAUUCCAUGAGAACCCAUCAAGAUCUUAA